CUGACCGUCAGCAUAAAUAACAGUACACUGCGGCCACUUCAAAAUAGAAGAUCGUUUUAUUUGAAGCCUGGAACGGGAGAAUUACACUCGUUGCAAGCCUAAUGAAAACGAAAAGAACACAACAGGGCAGAAAUUGGCUGGCGCUGUAGGAUACGGAGUGGGGAUAUCCGGUUUCCUCCUUGUUGCACGGGCAGGCCUAAUGUACACGCGAUGUAAUUAUGCGCGACAGCAGCGGAGCCAUGUUUUCGUGGACAUCGCGGCACACACAAGCUAAGCUCACACAAAACUGAUAUGUUUCUUCUAUUCCCCGCGCCUCCCCUCACGGUGGUCACGUGGUGCCCGUCUGCUCAGCGGCAUGGACGAAAGAAAGAGGGAAAAAAUGUAAUUGUGCACCACGACAAAACUCUUUAGACACGAAAUGUACAGAAAACCAAAGAACAACGAAACACUGUAAUCCUGCACACUUUGUGCUUGAGAAUAUAGGGAACACAACUUUACGGCUCGAUGAAUGAAAAAAAAAAAACAUGAUUUUCAAAUUAUGAAUCUUUAUCAUCUUAAGAAUCAGAGGCCACAUUGUGCAGAUUAUUGCGAAACAUAUUCUUCUGGAUGUCGUUACGUAACAGACACAAUAACAAGACGCUAGACGACAUAAAAUGACUACAUCGUGGCAAGAGCUUUUAGCUGUUAAACAAACGUCAAAUUUUUAUGCGGUAUGAUUAACCACUGCAGCACCAACACGCAUAGAAAACAGUGUGCGGAAAAGAGUUUCAAUUUUUCUUUCCACGUUUAAGUUGACAAUGCGUGUUUCCACAAAUAUACGUGGCAUGGCAACGUCCGAAAGUGCCGAUUGCUUCGGUAUGUUUGGUAUGUUUUGGUGGCAUUUGUGGUGCACUAGGAGCAAAUAAAUAUGUUAUAGUGAGCUUUCAAAGUGGACGUAUGUACAACAUGCGCGUCUGAUUUCUAGCGUGCCUUGCGUGAUCAACAGUGCGAAAGUCUGGGUACUUCGGCAGAAAGAAACUGUAAGCUUUUUUUGUGCGACGAUGCUAUUUCUCGCUCCAAAAAUAGUAUCACUGAACUCUUUCCGCGUGUUUUUGGAGAGAGUGUUCUCUGCUCGUAUCGUGAGUAUUGUCGAACCUUUAACUCAAACGCGGCGCUCUUUUUUCAGACUCUGGGAUUUAUGAUGACGUUAGUCUUACUCUCAACGCAGAGAUGGCGCCACUGCAAGGUACCAUCGGUAGAAGACCAUUGACGUUUGGGUGCAGAGUCACUUUCUUCUUUUGGUUGCGCUAUUAUUAUUAUUAUUAUUAUUAUUAUUAUUAUUUGGUUUUGUUUGUAACAAGUUUAGCAAGACGAAAACUAAGCAGCUUGUUCAAUUAAAGCUGCUUUAAGAAUUUUUCGACGCCGGUUCUGUGUAUCGAGCCGAAAGUCCAGCAACAGCUCCCUCCAAUUCCUUGGAAGGAGCUUACUUAACCACGCGAUGAAUAUUGCCGCAUAAAUGCGGGUCAGGGGCGAGAACCCUCCCUGAGUUACUCUCGCAACAAAUUGCGCAAUACGCUAACUUUUCUGGAGUGAUGUUUGUGGGUUGAGGGCGCUAAUACGAAUGUCAAUGGAAACGACGUAAUUAGCGAUUACGGAAACAGCGACAGUUAGAAUGUUACUACGGCGGUCAGUACAUAGAUUCACUUCUGCCUGUGGAGCCAGUUAUUUAAGCCUGUCAAGUAUGAGGUUGAAGAGACAGAAUCAGUACACGUACUUAUUAUGAGCCAAUUGGGGAGGUUGGAAGUACUGAAAGAUCUUCAGCAAAAAUUUGUUGAUAUUAACAGCUGCAUUCAUCUCCGGUACCGGCCUGAGCGGACCUUAGUUAAUGCGGAUCGAUGCAAUGCAGUGCAUCAAAAAAAAAAAAAAAAAUGAAACUUACAGUAAAGCUCAAGUCAGUUUCAUAGUAACUAAUGCGGGGUUAACUACUUCUUGCUUUUAUGAAACGAAUGACCACAAGGAUCUUGCUUAAACCAUAAUUGCUGAUUCUGGAGCAUGACAACGUGACAGAACAGAAGCGUACUUACGCACGCUCUCUAUCUCUGAGCGUACAGGCUCGGCUGUUUGCGUUGAGAAUAUGCUCCAUAAAGGAGCGAUACGGCUGCGGCUGUCGCGAAGCAAAGCUGAAACACAGCGGGUCGGCACGAUUAGCGGAGCACUGUUUGAGCGUGUCACGCUUUUGUGGCGGCACGCUUUUCGAUGCCAUCAGCUCGGACAACCGAGCCGGCCCAUAACUUUCGAGACUGACUGCCAUUACUGGUGCGCUUGAAAAGCGAACGGCGCAAGCCGCGCGAUGCCGAUAAACCCUAGACAGCGGCAGCUUCGAUCCCGGCAUUGUUAAGUAACCGACGCCAACAAUGCUUUUAUCGAGCUUCUGUUCGCGCACCGAGGAACAAUGGGGGCCCCGUACGGAUAAGCGCCGUCUUCGCGGCGGCGAAGUGAAAUACGCGCGCGUCAGAACGAGGCGAGCGACGUUGGUGUUUUCAAAGGUGUCUGUGUGUGUGAGAGAGGGAAGAUGGGUAACUGGCGAGGGAGUAAUCUUCGAGGUCGACUUCACUGGGUCGAAAGAAGACGCGAGCCUUGACGGUUCCGAUAUCUGCCUUCAUCCAACGUGCAAGUCCGGACGGAUCCCCCUUCUGUAGCAACUUUCCGUGUUUGAAGCAACACAUGACCCAGCUAGUUAGAAACAGGGAAUAAAGAGCCGCCGCCGGCGAUAACUAGCCAUGGCUACGAUCCGGCACAAAUUGGCCUUCGGCUUUUCUCUACUGUUUUCCUGUUGCUGCGUUGCCAAGGCGGUGGUCACGUUCUCGCUCGACGGGCAGUGGACAGCCGUGAAUGCCAACAAAUCCAUAAAAAUUUCCUCCACCGUUCCCGGGGGUAUAUACACGGAUCUGAAGAGGAACGGCGUGAUCAGGGAGCCUUACUACGGCUUUAACGACGUGCGAUACGAAUGGGUCGGAAAGGAGAACUGGACAUUUUCAAGACGUUUUGACGUGCCUGAUGACUUGCUGAAACAAGAACGCGUGUCCCUCGUGGCUCACGGUAUCGACACUGUGUGCAGGGUGAAGCUCAACGGCGUCGUGUUAUUCGAUGCCGACAACAUGUACGUUCGGUACAUCACAGAUGUGAAGGAUGUCCUCCGGAGUGGAAACAACAUCAUCACGGUGAGCUGCGAGUCGCCGGUGCAGUACGCCCUGCGCAAACACGAGGAGCAGGUGCGUUCGUCAUACCCGGUGUACCCGCUGUGUCCGCCGUCGGUGCAGAACGGCCAGUGUCACGUCAACUACAUCCGCAAGAUGCCGUGCUCCUUCAGCUGGGACUGGGGCCCUUCUUUCCCUUCCACCGGAAUCUGGAAGCCGAUUGAAUUGCAAGGAUAUAAUGGCGUAAUUAUCCGGGACAUAUUGGUAGCUCCCUACCGUCCAGAAGAAGGAGACGAACGGAAAUCGGAUCGGAAAAGUAAAUCUUCGAAAUGGAUCCUAAACACGAGUGUGUUUUACGAUUCGUCCCUCAGUUUAGCGAGCAACGGAACUGCUUGGAUCAGCCUGGACGGAACGGCCCUUUAUAGCCAGCCAGUGACGCUAAAGACGCAUACAGCACGCGAUGCGAGGCUGGACUUUUCGAUUGUGAUACCCGACGGAAUAAAUAUUGAGUACUGGUGGCCGUCCGGCUAUGGUGACCAGAAAUUGUAUAACUUGAAUGUGACAAUUUCCGUCAACGGGCACGCAGCAGUGAAGGUUGCGAGGUUUGGUUUUCGAACAGUGGAGAUAAACCAAGAGUAUACCGGCACGAGGCCAGGUGGAACAGAGUUUUAUUUUGUGAUCAACGGUGUCGCAAUAUACGCCAAGGGAAGCAAUUGGAUACCAGCGGACAGCUUUCCCGAAAGAGCGUCAGAUGAAUACGUCCGAGACUUACUCCUUUCCACAAAGGAGGCCAACAUGAAUAUGCUUCGCGUGUGGGGCGGCGGCGUGUACGAGACGGACUACUUUUACGACCUGGCCGACGAACUGGGAAUAAUGAUCUGGCAGGACAUGAUGUUCGCCGUCAGCCUGUAUCCCGUGGGCGCUGAAUUUCUCCAGAACGUGGCCAUUGAAGUACAGCAGCAGGUACGACGUCUCCACCGACACCCAUCGGUCAUCGCCUGGGCGGCCAAUAACGAAAAUGAGCAAGCUAUUGCUUCCGCAUGGUGGCCACAGAUGUUCCUGAGAAUGCCCCAGUACCGGAGGGACUAUCGGAAGCUCUACAUCGAAACCAUGAAGCCCGUCAUUCAGAAGGAAGAUAGGUCGCGCCCUUUUCUCUCGUCGAGCCCAAGCAAUGGGAUAAUGACGUCAAAUACGACCUGGAUAUCCUCAAAUCCAAAUAGCGUAUACAACGGUGACAUGCACUACUACAAUUACAUGUCCAAUGCGUGGGAGCCGUCGACGUUCCCGAUCUCGCGGUUCGUGUCUGAGCAUGGCCUGCAAUCGUACCCUUCGAGGGACACCCUGCUACCCGUCAUGCCGAGCUCCAUGAUCAAAUACCCGUUCACCGUCCUCCUAAGGCACAGGCAACAUCAGCGCUUAGGAGACAUAUACGUGAAAUACGGAAUUACGGCACAUUUUAAGGUAAAUGGGCUCAUUCUGACAAGCAGGAUCAAAGACACGAGCAAGGCCUAUGACAUGAUGUCAUAUCUGAGCCAGAUCAACCAGGCGAUGGGCAUGCGGACCGCUGCCGAGACGUUUCGACGCUGGAGGAGUUUCAUUGGUCCGCACGGUGAAGGCCACAACAUGGGCUUCCUGUACUGGCAGCUGAACGACAUAUGGCAGGCACCGUCGUGGGCUUCCAUAGAAUACGGUGGACGGUGGAAGAUGGUGCACUACUUUGCGAAGAAGUUUUUCAGUCCCAUUAUAGUCUCUCCCUACAUCUUCCACUUGACUGGUAAAUUGACUGUGUUCGCCAUCAACGACAAUCUGACACCCGUCGAUGCGGCAGAGCUCUCAAUUACGCAGUACAAGUGGACUUCGUUCAGGCCGGUUGCUACAACUACAAUUAACGUGACGCUGGCUGAAGCCGCGUCGACUAGCGUGUACUCGAACAAGAUGCGAGAUCUAUGGAAGCAAGAUGUCUGCGACCAUACUACCUGCUUUCUUUGGUUCACGCUCACCGACCCUCUCAGCCGAUCUAGGCUGGCACCCGACACGUUCCUGCUUCUGGAAGAGCCGAAGAACCUUUUGCUGCCGCAAUCUUCGAUAAACGUGACGAACGUCAGCGGGCCUACGUCAUCUUCAUCGAUGCCAGGCUUCAAGGUCUUCAAUGUUCAACUGCAAGCGGACAACGUCGCCUUGUUUGUGUGGCUAAAUGCCCACAAUGUUAGCGGUCACUUCUCCGACAAUGCAUUCCUGCUGAAGGACCCGAAGACUACCGUGCAAUUUUACACACGCCAGAACGUUACCGCAACUGAGCUUGAGCAGAACCUUACAGUCAACUCGCUUACGGACUACUCAAACGUCUAACGCCAGCCUAAGCGUUUAAAAUAGGGGAGCGCAUUUACUUAGCUUGCCGAUGCAGUGCGCGGUGCACUUGAGUGUUCAGUCGUGUACAGAAGUUAUUACUCAUGGGCACUCAAGUGCAAUUGAAGUUGUUGGUGGGACUAAUUACUCGCGUGUCGUUAACGUGGACCUCGGGAACAUGCAUAUUUGUGCCUAGGAACGCUAAGUGCUACGUCAACAAAAGUUUUCUCAAGCGCAGCGACUUAGGUUGAUAACACGAUCGUAUUAAAAAGGUCUUUCAACUACAUGUCUUCCGUAUUCGUAACUCCUUCAUGUGGCCAGAGUUAUCCUCUAGCGGUUGCAGGAUGCCUAAAAUAGUGGUUAAACUGAUUUAGUUUCAUGCCUCAAAGUUUUCUUACAAGUAUAAAAUAUAGUACACACGGCUUACAGCACUGUCUAUUCACCUAUGCGUUCUGGUACGUGUGAAGUAAGUUGCGCCAGAUUGUUCAGAAAAAAAAAAUUAUUGACGUGCUGAAAGUCCUGCGAAAUCUUAAAAUCUGUUAUGAUGUUGUUCACUGAUGCAAAAUAGCAGCAACUAGAAUUGUAGCACGCAACAGAACUGAGUACGUUUACGAAUAGUAGGCCAAGUAUUGGCAGAACCCGCCGUGGGUGCUUAGUGGCUAUGGUGUUGGGCUGCUAAACACGAGGUCGCGGGAUCGAAUCCCGGCAACGGCGGCUGAAUUUCGAUGGGGGCGAAAUGCGAAGACAUCCGUGUACUUAGAUUUAGGUGCACGUUAAGCACUCCAGGUGGUUCAAAUUUCCGGAGUCCUCCACUACGGCAUACCUCAUAAUCAGAAAGUGGUUUUGGCACGUAAAACCCCAUAAUUUAAUUUAAUUUUUUAAGUAUUGACAGCGUAGGAUUAAAGUUGUCGCUAAGGAGAAUAAAACGUUCCCGUCGAGGGAUUAUUGUUAA